AUGGGGACGACUUUCGUCCAUAAAACUAGUUAUUUCUUCAUCAUCCUCUUCGCCUUUGUGCUUAUGGAGCUGUGCAAUUGUAGCGGAAGCAACAACUUGGGGGUUUGCAAGGAGAGGGAAAAGCAAGCACUAUUGUGCUUCAAGAAGGAGUUUGAAGAUCCAAUGAAUCGACUCUCCUCUUGGGUUGAUGGAGUUGAUUGUUGCACCAAAUGGGAGGGAGUUAUGUGCGACAAUGUAACCGGUCAUGUUGUUGAACUCCGGCUAACAAAUCCCAACUUUCAGUUUGAGUUUGUUCAUCUUCCAAAAGGUACACUCAGCCCUUGUUUGCUAGAAUUGAAACAAUUACAUCAUCUUGAUCUUAGUGGCCUUUAUAAAUAUUUCAGUGGAUCUCGAAUUCCUAACUUCAUAGGAUCUUUUGCAAACUUGCAAUAUCUUGAUUUAUCCAAUUUGGGAUUUCAAGGGAUCAUUCCCCCUCAACUUGGAAAUCUUACAAGUUUGCACUCUUUAAUUUUGCAACUGAACUUUGAUGAUACAAAUCAUGCUAGUCUCAUAAAAACUGAUAGUCUUGAUUGGUUGUCCAAUCUUUCAAAUUUACAGUUAUUGGAUUUGAGUUAUGUUAAUCUUAGCAUGACACAUAAUUGGUUAGAGGCCAUUAAUAUGCUUCCUUCCUUGCGUGAGCUUCAUUUAUCUAGAUGUGAUCUGCCUAAACUAUCCCAGUCACUUCGCCUUCUAAACAAUUCUUUACUUGAAGUCCUUGAUCUUUCCAAUAAUGAAUUCAACAUUGUUAUUCCCAAAUGGAUGUUUAAUCUCAAUAACCUUGUUUCUCUUGAUCUAACAUCUUCUGGUUUUCUAAGUCCACUCCCGGAUGGCCCUUGGAACUUGACAUCCAUUAUCACUCUUAACAUCAGUGAUAAUGAAAUGAAUGGUUCAUUACCUAGUCAAUUGUUUGGUCUUAGUGGUUUGGUAUCUAUGAACCUAAGAGUCACUUGA